UCCUUCGGCAGCGUCGCCGUCGUGGUGGGGCUAGCAGCGCCGCGACGCCUCGGCCGGCGCUCAGUGGACGGCAGCAUGUGGUGGUGGCUGCUGCUCGUGGCUUUGGCGACGGCCAAGCGCGUCCCGUCGACCCAGGAGCCCGUCAUCGAGGAGGUCACGGCCAAGCAGCUGGAGCGCGUGUUAGCAGAAAAGGACUUUGUGGCCGUGUUUUGGUAUGCUCGCAGCUGCACCACGUGCGACCGGGUGCUGCAAGAGUUGGAGCAAAUCGACGACGACACGGACUCGUUCGGAGUGGACUUCGUCAAGAUUAACGAUAAACGACUGGCCAAACACUAUGGCAUCACCAAAUUUCCUGCACUUACCUAUUUUAGAGAAAAGCAGCCGAUCAUUUACGAAGGAGACCUUAUGGACGAAGAGAACGUUUUGGAUUUCUUGACGAGCUUGGAGGCGAUGGACCUGCCGGAUCGCAUCGAAGAAGUGAAUGCGAGAAUUCUGGACAAAAUAGUCCAAGAAACAGAUUUUGUAGCCGUGCUAUUCUGUCCUGAUGCAAGUACGUGUUCCCAUAAAGGAGUCAAUAAACCAGAGUGCAAAAAAUGCUCCAAAGUUCUGAUGGAGUUGGAAAAUAUUGACGACGAAGCGGAUCAGUUAGGAAUCGGGUUUGUGAAGAUUAACGACGAGAAUCUGGCCGAAGAGUACAAUCUCGAGCCUCUACCGGCGCUGGUUUAUUACAGACAUCAAAUUCCCAUCAUCUAUGAAGGCGAACUCACCCGAGAAGAAGACGUUUUAGAGUGGCUUGUCCAGCAUAAGAGCACUGGGGAUGAAGAUGACAUCAUUGAAGACGUAACGUUGAAAACGCUGUCGACGCUUAUCCAGAGCGUGGAUCACCUGGCAGUACUCUUUUACGACCACGGAGAUGAAGAAUCCAUGGCAGCCCUCGAGGAACUGGAACACAUCGACGACGACUGCGACAAGUACGGAAUUCAGUUCGUGAAGAUCGACGACGGUGCAGCAGCCGAAGAAUACGGUCUAGACACCCUUCCCGCGAUCGUGUACUUCGAAAAGGGAAUCCCGAAUGUCUACGACGGAGACCUCGAGCAAGAAGAAGAGUUCCUGGAGUGGUUAGUGCAGCAACUCGAGAAGGACGAAAUCGAGGACGUCACUGAUGAAAUGCUCGACAAGCUGAUAAACGAAGGAAAGAAUCUGGCGGUUCUGUUUUAUAAUGAAGAUGACAGGAAGUCACAGCGAGUCCUCAACGAACUAGAAAACAUUGACGACGAAUGCGACCAGCUCGGAAUCGUUUUCGUGAAAAUUGAUAACGACGAAGAAGCUCAAGAAUACGGGAUCGAGAAAAUUCCGUCUUUGGUCUAUUUCGAAAACGGAAUACCGACGCUGUAUGAAGGGAAUCUCGAGGAGGAGGAGAAGGUUCUCAAGUGGCUCGAGCACCAGAUCAAGAGCGACGAGAUCGAAGACGUCACGGACGAAAUGCUGGAUCUUCUUAUCGAUAAGAAGCAACACGUAGCAGUCCUGUUUUAUGACAAAGGUCAGAAGAAAAGUCAGAAGGUCUUGGCGGAGUUGGAAAACAUUGACGACGAGUGCGACCAAAACCACAUCGCGUUUGUGAAGAUCGACGACACGAAUGAAGCCAAGGAGUACGGAAUUGACGCCAUUCCUAGUUUGGUGUUUUUCGAAAAAAGAAUUCCUCAUCUGUAUGAGGGAGAUCUGCUCAAAGAAGACGAACUUCUCGGGUGGCUCCUGCACCAAAAGCGCCACAGUGAAAUCCCUGACAUCACCGACGAAAUGAUGGAUCGCCUAAUUGACAACACGAAGUACCUUGCAGUACUAUUCUAUGACAAAGAUGACAAGCAAGACAUUCGAGUUUUGAACGAGCUAGAGAACAUCGACGACGAUUUGGAAAAAGAAGGGAUCGUGAUAGUGCGCAUCGACAACGAUGCCGAAGCCAAAGAAUUCGGGAUUGACCACCUCCCGACUCUGGUGUACUUCGAAGACAAAAUUCCUUCUCUCUACGAGGGCGAUCUGAUGAACGAAGACGAAGUUCUCCAAUGGUUGAUCGAACAGAAGACCUCUGCCACUAUUGAAGAAGUGACUGAUGAAAUUCUUGAAGACUUGAUUCAAGAGCACGAGUAUGUGGUGGUUUACUUCAGCGGGAACUGUGAAGAAGGCGAAAAAUGCGACGACAUUCUGGAAGAAUUGGAAAACAUCGACGACGAGCUAGACGAAACUGGAAUCAUCUUCGUGACGACUGAAGAUGCGGGUUUGGCGAAGAAGCACGGAAUUAAGACUUUCCCGAAGUUGGUGUUCUUCCGAAACAAGGAACCUUUGAUUUACUCUGGAGACAUCCAAGACGAAGAUGAGGUUCUCGCUUGGCUUACAGACGAAGACACUCUGGAGAUUCCUGACCGCAUCGAAGAGGUAAAUUCGAAGAUGUUGGAUAAGAUCUUGACGGAGAACGACCAUGUUGUGGUAUACUUCUAUAAAGAAGGUGACAAGAAGUGCCAGAAGAUCUUGCAGGAGUUGGAAAACAUUGAUGACGAGUGUGAGGAUAAAGAUAUAGAUUUCGUUAAGAUUUCCGACGAAGGAAUAGAGAAAGAGUACGAUUUGCCGUCGCUUCCGGCCUUGGCGUUUUACAGGCACAGAUUCAGAGAUAUUUACACGGGAGAUUUGAUGCACGAGGAGGCUAUUCUCGACUGGGUUCUAAACUUGCGCGAUUCCGCCCCUGAUGUUAUUGAGAGUGUCGACAGGAAAACACUUCAGGGUCUCAUCAGUGAUGUGGAACAUUUGGCGGUUCUCUUUUACACCGACGAUUGUGACGAUUGCGACGAAGUUUUAGAAGAGUUGGAGAAUAUUGACGAUGAUACAGAUCAGCACGGUAUUCAGUUUGUGAAAUCAAAAGAUUCGAAAUUGGCAUCAGAGAUUGGUAUAUUUAGUUUUCCCGCUUUGGUUUAUUAUGAAACUGGAGUGCCUAUAAUGUACGAUGGAAACUUAUUCGACGAGAACGAAGUGUUAGAAUGGAUGAUGGACCAAAAGGAGGACGAAAGCAUCCAAGAAAUAGACAGAGACACUCUCUUCAAAUACAUUGGAACGAAAGAAUUCCUCGCAGUUAUUUUCUACAAAGAAGAAGAUCCGGACAGUCCUCGAAUUCUGAGACACCUGGAACUGAUCGAUGACGAAGCCGCAGAGUACGGAAUCAAAAUCGUCAAAAUGAGAGAUCGCCUGAUGGCCAAAAAGUACGGCUACAGAGACCCUCCAGGCAUCACGUACUUCCGCAAAGGCAAACCGAUUAAGUACGACGGGGACAUCGACGACGAAGAGGAGAUCUUAGACUGGCUCACGGACCCGGAGAACAUGGAAUUGACGGACCACAUCGAACGCGUCAACCGAAAAAUGUUCGAGAAAAUCCGACAACGGUCCGACUACGUGGCUGUGUUUAUUUACAGCAACGAUUGCAAGCAGUGCCCGAGGGUUCUUGCGGAAUGCGAACACAUAGAUGACGAAGCGGACGCAGCAGGGAUCAACUUUGUCAAGAUCGACGAUAAACAAAUGGCCAAGCAGUUGGGGGUUUUUGCGCUACCUGCGAUUCUUUUCUUCAAGUUGGGGUCCAGGGAGCCUGUUAUUUACGCUGGGGAUUUGUACGACGAGCAGCAGAUCUUGCAGUGGAUGAUGACCCAGAAGGAUCCUUCUGGGGAUGUGAUCGAAGCGACCGAAGGGAGCGAGCUGGUUAAACUAAUCGAAGAAGAAGCCGCACUGGCGGUUUAUUUCUGGAACAAGACUUUGUGUGAUAUGUGCGAAACACAAGAGCAACAUCAAGGAAGGAAGACUCACAAAAUGCGGACUACGUCCGAGGAAGAAGUCGAAACGAAUAAAGACGAUAGCGACGAGUGCGAACAGUGUGCCCACAUUCUGGAAGAACUAGAGAACAUCGACGACGAUUGCGAACGUCACGGGAUUCUCUUCGUCAAAACGCAGGAUUUGAAGAUCGCGGAACAGUACGGAGCGACGGAUUUCCCAAUCCUGAUGUACUUCGAAGAGGGAGUCGGCGGGGUGUUCGAAGGAGACUUAGAAGAAGAGGAAGAAGUGCUCCAAUGGCUGAUACAACAACGGACCGAAGACAGAAUCGAGCUAAUCACACGAGUGAUGCUUGAAAACUUAGUCCAAGACACCCAAUACUUAGCUGUUUACUUCUACAAACAGAACUGUCACAUCUGCGAACAAAUCCUAGAAGACUUGGAGAAAAUCGACGACGAAUGUGACGUCUACGGAAUCCAGUUGGUCCGCAUCCAGGAUCCCCAACUAGCAAAACGCUACAGCAUCAAGACAUUCCCUGCACUAGUCUACUUCAGAAACGGUAACCCUCUGUUGUUCGAAGGUGACCUCCAGAACGAAGAUUCGGUUCUCGAGUGGCUGAUCGACGACGAUAACAGAGAGCUAGCGGACGAAAUAGAAUCCGUUAACGAGAGAAUGUUGACAAGAUUACUCAACGAAUCGCCUUUUCUCGCCGUCUUCUUUUAUGACGAAGAUUGUCCUGAGUGCGACGAAAUUUUAGAAAACUUGGAAGAAAUCGACGGGGAAGCAGACAUGUUUGGAAUCGACUUUGUCAAGAUCUGUAGUGCUGAGGCCGCUGCUGAACAAGGUCUCCACAACCUCCCGGCUCUCAUGUAUUUCCGCAAGAAAACCCCCAUGGUGUACGAAGGCGACUUAACCCAGUCGGACAAAGUCCUCGACUGGCUAACCUCCCAAGACGUUUUCGAAAUCAAGAACGAAAUCGAAGAAGUCAACAAGAAAAUGUUGGAGAAAUUGUUGGAAGAGAACGAGUUCGUGACCGUCUUCUUCUACGAACUCAAUACCGAAGAGAGCAAAGUCAUCAUGGAAAGGCUCGAAAACAUCGACAGCGAGACCGACAACUUCGACAUAACGUUCGUCAAGAUGGCGGAUCCGCGUUACGCCAGAAAAUGGGGGGUCACUAAUCUUCCUGCCAUAGUCUACUUCCGUAGGCGCUUUCCCAGCAUAUACCGAGGGGACAUGCAUUCCGAAGCCGACGUUUUGGAAUGGAUGCGAAAGAAUCGCUUUAGGCAGCCAGAACUGAACAUUUUUAUGUACGCAUUAUUCGCCAUCAGCAUCGCUUUCGUCAUAUACACGGCUUUCCUCCUGCAGUGUUUCAAAGCGCAACCACAAGCUGUGGUCCCUCAUCCGAAGCAGUCCUAAAUUUUGGUGCGAAUGGUGUGCGAAAGUGGGUGAAAGUGGAAUGAGAUGUUAAAUACAAUCAUUAUCAGCAUCCUUGUAUGAAGGGAACGUUUAGAUAAAGUUGAUUGUUUGUUAAAGCGUUGAUUUUGUUUUUUUUUAUUAUUACUAUUGAACUAAAGUGAACUAUUCCCUUAAUGUUAAUCGACUCCAUUAAGUUAUUCUCAUAUCCUGGACCAAAUAAAAUCAUGAUACAUCACCAGUGAAAUGUUCAUCUAGAUAAUGUAAUAAUAAUAAUGUACAGCGACUGUACAAUCAUUCCCAAGAGAAUUUAUGGACAGGAAAUAUAGAUAAACUUAAAUUAUUAAUGUAGUUAUCUAUUUUAAGGUGAACAUUGUAAAUACUCUUGUAAAUAAAUUUAAGUAAGUUUA